ACUUACAUCAUUAGUGGGCAUUAGCGCUCGGCAGAGGACAAAACAUGUUGGUCAGGGCUCAAGUCGCGAAAUUGACCAGAGCCCAUAUCUCGCAUAGGCGGUAUUUUGGGCCUGUAUCUAGUGCCGUCGACUAAGGUUCACCGAUAGAUGUCAUCCGGACUGCGUAGGGCAAAUUCCAGUAAGUCCUGGCGAGCGCGACAUUUAGCAUUUCGACUUCGGCUCCCGCUCGAGUUUGUGCCCGGAAAUCAAUCAGGGACCUUAUUAUAUGUCACAUGAUGACAUUUCGGCAGGACAAAAUCACCGGGCGCGUUGUGGCGGUGAAAGGGUUCAAGGCGGCCCAUGAGGACAAAGACAUCAUGCGCCUCGCGAUGCGCGAGGCAAAGAUGCUUGAGGCCGUGUCCCAUGAAAACGUGGUUCGCCUCAUCACGGCCUUCAAAUCCAAGUCGGGCCGCGUCUACAUGGUGUUUGACUAUGCCGGCAGCUCGGUGCAGUCGGUCAUGGAGCGCGCUGGUGGCGGCCUGGGCGGCGCCGCCACCAAGCUGCUGAGCUGGCAGCUGCUGCAGGCGGCGGCGCACCUGCACGGCAACAAGGUGUUGCACCGCGACAUCAAGCCCGCCAACAUCCUGGUGGACAGCUCGGGAGUGGCCAAGCUGUGCGACUUCGGGUUCGCUCGUGCCGUGAGGUGCGGCCCCCGGGAGGCGCAGCGCUGCACCAGCUACGUCGUCACGCGCUGGUAUCGCGCGCCGGAGGUGCUCGUGUCAGACGAGUACGGCGCUGCAUCUGACAUCUGGAGCGUGGGCUGCAGCAUCGCCGAGUUCGCAGUGGGUCGGGCGCUCUUCCCAGGCAGCUCCACUGCGGACCAGCUGUGGCGCAUCAUGCGCUGCUUCGGACCGCUGCCCUCAGGCCUUUCCAUGCGCAUGGCGACGGACCCGCGCCUGCGCAGCCUAUGCGCGCCGCAGCCGCUCAGCCGCAACCUGCGGCAGCGCCUGCCCGAGGUGGAGCCGCGGCUGCUGGAGCUGGUGGCGGCCUGCCUGCGCCUGGACCCCGCGGCCCGGCCCACCGCGGCGGAGCUGCUGCAGAUGCCCUACUUCUGGGACGUCCCCAAGCUCAUUGCCGGCACGCAGCUGGCGGCGGCACUGGCGGCAGAGAGGCGAGAGGCGGCGCGCAUGAUGGCGGCGCGGAUGGCGGCCAAGGCGGCGGCGGCCAUGGCGGCAGGCAGCGACGGCGGCGGAGGAGUCGGCACGGUCCCGCCGGCACCUGCUGCUGCCACGGCCGCCGCCGCAGCUGCUGGCGUGCUCAGCAGGCACCACCUCUCCUCACGCUUGGCCGGCGCCGCCAAGGGCUGCAGUGGCGGCGGCGCCGCAGUGGUUGCGGGUGCGGGGCGGCUCUUCGGCGGCACAGCCAACUCAUCACUUCACGCAGCCGUGCCCCAGAGCCUGCACUCCGGGAUGCGCCCGCAGCGCCGCCCCAGCAGCCUGCGCCACAUGGACAGCGGCGGCGGUCUCUACACCACAACCGAGGUGUCCUGGGAUGAGGUGGGAACGCCCGUCGGCGCACCCAUGCUCCGCGCUGAUCCCGGCGCGCUGCUGCCACACGUGCGGCCGCCCCACGGCGCGCCGUACCAAGUGCCGCCGCCGGGCUGCCAAAGUACGGUAAACAGUACGACAGGCUCGAGUUCCUUCCUGCUGCCGUUGUACAACGGAGAGCUCCAGGCUGACAUGGAGGCGGCUGCGACUGGCGGCGGCGGCGGCGUGCCGUCAUUUACGAGCACGGUGCACAACGGCGGCAGCAGCCGUGCGAGCGGACGGCUCCCGUCGGCGGCGGUGCGUCGAAGCCUAACAGCAGGUGGCGGUUCGGAAUCCCUUGGUGAUAUUGUGGAGGCUGUGGAGGUCAAUUAUGAGGCAGUGGAACGUACCGGCGGCGGCGGGGACGCUGGGGCAGCGGCGGCUGGCCGCGGAGGCGGCGGUGGUAGUGGAAAUGACCGGCGCAAGAAGAGCUGGCUGCUGUCAUUGCGCAUUCCGGAGGACGGCCGCACAGCAGGGCUGUCGGGCCAAGUCGGCGCCGGCGCUACUCCGGGCGGUGCAGCAGGCGGCGGCGGCGGCGGCGGCAGCCAUCGUCGCAGCGGCCUGAUUGCCUCGCUUGUUGGCAUGAUGAUGAUGGGCGGCGGCGGCUCGGCUGCCGGCAGCGGCGUGGUCAGCAAUGCUGGAGACCUGUCGCCUGAUCGGGCGCUGGUGCUGCCGGGAGGAGAUGAGCAUGGCACGCCACGCAACGGGGCCCCCGACGCCCAUGACCCCAUCCUUUCGCCAGAUGGUGAUGGCGUCUGGGGGCGGCACCGCGGCGCAGCCAAUUACACCAGCAGCACACCCGCCUCACGUGCGUCGGGCGGCUUGCAGCAGCAGCAGCAGCGGCAGCGACAGAUUCAUUCACACAACCCGCACUACUCGCGCUCUCACUACCUGACGACCGCAGCCGGCAGCCAGCAGCAGCAGCGGCCACAGCAAAACAUGCAGUCGUCCUCUAUGACGGAUUCACCGCUGUCUCCGACCUCGCCGGGCGGCCUGCAGCAGCAGCUCAAGGCCGCAGCCGCCAGCGCCGCAUCAUCAGUCGCAGGAGUCACACAGGAGCAGCAAGCCUACGCACAACAACAGCAGCAACAGCAGCCUCUCAUCGGCCGUAGCUUCAGCAGCACGCUCGGGCAGGCGGUGAGUAGCAGGGCCAUGAGCCGUCUGAGGGCCGCUGCUACUGCUGCCAGCGGCGGCGUGGCGGGCCUGAGUAGCAGCGGGCAGCUUGGCAGUAGCAUGCCCCGCACGCCGCCGCAGCAGCAGCAGCCUACCAGGGGGCCCAAGGACAUUCCCGUGCAGCGCACCUGCAGGUCCGUGCAGCAGUCUCAGCCGCUGCCGGCCUGGGGCGUGGAGCAGGCGACGAUGGCUGUAGCAGGUGCAAGUGCCGGCGGCGGCGGCGGGAGCGGGCGCUUUGCGGCGGGCGGCUACGCUGCUGCGGUCUCGGGACGCACGGGCCUGCGCCAGGAUCCCAGCGCAACCAUGCUAUUGCCAGUGCCGGCGUCUGCUGCUACUGCGGCCGUACCCGGCGUGGAUGUUGGAGGCAGUGACAGGGGUUCCAGCUCCAUCGUGAUUCCUACUGUCUCCACCACCAUUACCGCGGAGGGCCUGCCACGUGCCAUGAGUUCCGGCGGCCAGUCCCGCUGCUCCCUUCCCACCAUCGUGCCAGCUCCUGCUGCUAAUGCUUCCGGAAGCGGCACUCUGCCUGCUGUCAGCCCAGCAGUGGCGAGCGGCGCCGCCGCGCUGCGGCAGCUGCUGACGUCGGGCGACUCGCUGAGGGACACAGAGGAGGAGGCCUCUCAGUCGGUGUCACAGCAGGUGGUGCUACUGCCGCCGCCGCGCCCCAUGUCGGCUGCUACAGCCCGGGUGGUGCCUUACGGCGGUCCCACGGUGGGGGUGGCGGCGCCAGCAGUGCCGGUGCACCACGUUGCGAGCGGCGUUCCGAGUGACGGCGCUGUGUCAUCAGGCACCGCUGCCGCCACCUCUGCGGCCUAUUACAGCGGCGGCGGCAGGGCAGCGGCCCUGCUGUGCGCGCAGGCAGACCAACGGCAACAGCUGCAGCCACGCCAGCAGCCCGGCAAAUCGGAGAGAAGCAGCGGCGGCGGCCUUUCCAGGAUUGUGCGGGCGUUUAAGUCCGCGAUCAAGGGCAAGAAGUGAACGAGGACAGCGGCUGCAGGAUCCUUAUAGUAGGGCAGUGCCUGCGUGCGCGUGAGCAGGGAAAACGCCACAUGCCCUUUAGUGCGUACGUGGGCCACGUACGCACUAACUCACAUGGAACCACUGUUGCAGAUUGACUUGCUGCUGGCAUUAAUGCAAAUUGACAGUGAAAGAAAAUCGUAAUGGCGGCGAGGGAGUACGGUAUCGUUGCAAUAUUGACGUGCCGCGGCGCCAAUUGGAUGCCGUAUUCAUGAAAGCUUGACGGGACCCACAAUGUGCCCAGAUCGACCGUUGACCCUGGAUCACACUCGGCUGGUCACACAAGUAGACCCAACAGCCAAUAAAUGCUUCCGCGUGUGCCGGGGUUUUGUACGUGAGCUGCUCCUUGCACGUGAUUGCGGUGGCGGUGCGUGGAUCGGUGGUGAUGAUCACGGCAUGAGGGGCGCGUCAUGUGGCGACGCACGCUUGAUGAACAGACUUGAUUGCUGACAUUAUUAGGUUGUUUGAUUGGUGGAUGGCCGGAUGUGGUGUCGCCCGUACGUGUCCGCCAUUGUUCCGCGCCAUUCCUUAUGAGGAUUCGUUGGACGUACGUGGUGCGAGUCAGGGCGUGCGCGGCAGUGGCAGUAGGCGCGGCGGGCUGCUACAUGUCCACGCACGCCCGUGCAUGCAUGGGUAAGGAAGGAACGAAGGAAGGGCUAUUAGGGUAUGCACGGUGGGGUUGAGGCAAUCUCACCAAGUUCACACUAUGUGUGGGCCGACGUCUCGCAGCUGACUUUAUGUGGGCCGCGGAUCAUGUGCGUGCGCGUCCUAGUGCCGAAUGGCCUACAGGCUUAAACCGACUCGCUCUUGCACAGUCGUGCAUUGGUCACCCUUGGGAAGCCGCGUGGCUUGGGUGCGUGAUGGCACGCGCUUUGGAUGGAUGAUUAUCAGGAUGGCAAUGUUGACAACACAUGCGGCAUGCGUUUGGCCUAACUUUCAGGAUGUUACCAAGUACGUCAAGUAUCGUACACUCACGACUCGGUUGAAUGGGGGCGGCGGCGGUGGCGGUUGUGACGCUGCCGUGUCACCGUGCCAACAGAAUCGAAUAGGUAAUAACAGCUUCAUUCGCAAGUGGUUGAUGAUCGGUCUGAUGUUCCUUUACACCUGCGCCACAUUUGGCGACGGAGGGGGCCUGUGUCGGUUGGGGAUCUAAAGACGUAGAGCGCGCGUGGGUUAUUACCGUUGCAAUGUACGGACACGCAAAUAAAGUCAUAAGUGCACAAAGCAAGCUAGCGGCAGAACCUUUACUGUGCUGAUUGUCGUGUGGACGUAUGGAAUUCGCGUCGUGCUUCUAUCUUGCGGCCAGCAGGAUGCGUGCGGAGGCACUGCUGUGCUCAAGUGCGGCCAUGGAGAGUGUUUGGGCCCGCCUGCGUCCCCCAUUGAUUGAUUGUUGUAGGAGUUCCUACCACAUGGAUGGAUAGGUAACCCCGCCCUCUCUCUGCAUGCCUUGGUGGCAUCUAGAUGCAUGCGUCUUUUGCCGGCUGUUCCUACCGCCGGCUACGAUUGUGCAGAAGUACCGUAGGGGUGAUAGGCCGUAGGCGUGUGAUAGGCAGUAAGUGAAUCCGGGUGUUCUCUCUAAUGAGCGCAGAUGGGGUCCAACUCGCUGAGCGGGCCAGUGCGUGGCGCGUUCUUGUGGAAUCACCACGUUAACUUGAUGUGGGGUAUGUCGCAUUUGUCCUUGAUGGAAUGGCGGCGUGAGUCAGCGAUGGGCGGGAUGCGCACUACGCAUGUGCAAACACGGUAGGCAAGUUGCCGCUGCUUCCGCCACAAUUAUCGCUGCUACGUCCCGCCACCCAUUUGUGUAACCACGAUUUGAU